AGCCAAAUUUCAAGUUAGAAGUUGGAAUAGAUGACUCUUGUGGUCCCUUCCUACACAAUGAUUCUGUUACUUCUUCGAUAGUCCAUACACAUCUCUCUGGGCUGCUUAAGCCAAACAAUCAGACAGAUGUAAGAGGGGAGGCUGGGUAGUUUAAUUGUCUUUUCUGAACUUCUAGCUUUCAAAGCCUGCCCUCUUGUAAUCUGACCUCUGCAGAAAAUGAGAACCGAUGUAAUCAUGUCUGGAUAAAAAGUGGCUUCUAAUUGGAUGACUGCAGAAGGAGAAAAGAAAACCUGUUCCAAUUGGCUGUGAGCGUUCCAUUCCAAACAAAUUGUACACAGCUUUGUGUUGCUAGGUUACAUUUGAUACACUGAGUAUUCUAGCCUCCUCGCUUUGCCUUUCCUGUGGAUGCUGAGGCUCUAUAGGAAGAAGCAAUGGAUCAAAGUGGAUCUCUUUGCUGCCCCUGACACACAACUACCUUAAAGCUUAACGUUUGUGGGAUUCAGAUCCUCUCUUCUAGGACUGCAUUGGAAAGAGAAUGUUCCAUUUACUUGUAUUUGCCUGGCACAUGAGGAGGUGUACCAGUUUAAAGAGAAUCACUUUUAUCAUCCCAUUUCACCUUCACACCUGUCUUUAGGACAAAUUCUCCAGAUUUUCAUUGGCCUCAAACAACUGCAACACAAACAAGAAGAAGAUUUUUGCAAUCAUGAUGCACACAAGAGCUUUCUUACUGCUGGAAAAAGAGUUUAUGGAGUAUGAAGAGUCUAACAUCUUUGGUAUUUCUAUUACUCCUGUGGGAGACAACUUGAUGGAAUGGAUAGCUGAAAUAGAAGGACUGAAGGAUUCCCUAUGGGAAGGAGCCGAACUCCAACUAUCACUGCUGUACAAUGAAAAUUACAACAAAAUCCCCCCACAAGUUAAUUUCAACACCAUUCCUUUCCAUCCCAAUGUGGAUCCACAAUCUGGGAGACCUUGCGUAGAUUUUCUAGAUGACCCUUCCAAGUGGAACCCUAAAUAUACAAUGUUGAGUAUACUACUUAGUAUUCAGGUUUUGCUGUCUCAUCCAGUCUUGAAUAAUGCAGUGAACCUGGAGGCGGCCAAAAUGCUGCAGAACAAUUAUCCGCUGUAUAGACAAAGAGUUAUACAYUGUGUCAAAGCUAGUCAGCACAUAGAAGAUAUUGUUGAAAGUUUAGGCACACAUCCUUCAGCCAAGGAUGUGCCUCCAGCUGAAGAGAGUGGGGAUCGGAGCCAAGGGAGAAAGAUUACAGCCAUAUCAUAUGAAGAGUAUUAUUCGACAUGGUUUAAAAUUGCCACAUCAAAAGCAGCUCAAGAGUUUAAAACCCCAGUGUUUGAUGACCCAGAAUUCAUAGGAAACCGCCUUAACUGGACAGUAGAGAAUGUGGGCAAAGGAGAAUGGAAUCUCGAUCUGCAUCGAAUUAUUGUCUCUGGAGUUAUUGAAAAAUAUAAGAAACAGAAAUUGACAGAAAGCCGGGCAGGCAGUCAUCUUUUCCCAAGCCCAACUCCAGCAACUAGAUCUCUGACGGCUUCAGGAAUGAGGAAAGAAGACCACACCCAUGAUUAUGAGCCAUGGGAAAAGGAAGUAGAAGAUCUAAUAAUGUGGUCUGCAAGUCUUGAUCACCGAAGAUGGAACUGAACUCAGACCCCAGUGAAAUGUAUUCUUAAGAAAAACAAUUAUUCACCAUAAUCAUAAUUCAGACCAUACAUAUGUUAAUUAGGAAGAUAGUUUAAUGAAUUGGUCAUUGCAGAAAGUCGCCAUUGUCUCUUAGUCUAUAUUAAGGAUAGGCAACUUCCAAAGGUCUUGGGACAACAUAUAUUUUUCCCAGGAUCUCAAGAAAACUACUUCGAUUUUAUUUUAUUUCAUUUGAGAAUCUGCUUUGUGACUUCUCUGGGCUCAAGAGAAACAUUUAUUUGGAGACACUAUUGUUUUAAUCCCAGGUGUUUUUUCUAAGGCAACUUCUCUCUCCCAACAUGAAACAAUUCUGGAAGAGUCAAAUACAUGGCAUGCUUGUUCUCUUUGCUCCCUAUAUGACAUGAGGGGCUUUUAAAGUAAAAUAAAAAAUAAAGUAUAAAGAGGUAGGUGGGCUGCAGGCAAAUACUUUCAUGUGGAAAACAGCCAUUUCCAUAGGCAUGCAAGCAAUACUAAAUACUGUUACUCACGU